CAUAACAGAGCAAGUAAAAAAACAGCAUAAACAUAAAUUUCUCAGUCUCGCAUUUACAUCUCAGCUGUGCGGUCGGUAAAAUAUUUAUUCCGGUUUAUUUUUGUCACAGUUCCUUUUUUAAAACAAUUUAAUUGUCUGUAAUUGAUUUGUGUCGCGAGGAAUUAAUUCUGGUCUAUUUCGAGAUUCGGAGAACAUUUAGUGAUUUAAAAAGUAUAGAAAAUAGUGAUAUUAGCAGACCAAGAUGGUGCUAUUCAACAAAUGUUGUUGCGUUUUUCGCUUGGCUACAGGUGGAAUGAUUUUGGGAUGGAUUGGAGCAAUAGAAAGUUUAGUCGUUGUUAUUCUCACGACAAUUGGCCUGACACAUGUACCUGAAAUAAUGGAUCAUUUGCGGAAUGAAACAAGAAUGCCAUCGCUGAAAAUGGAGGCAAUUAAUGAGACACAUGUUUCGCUGUUCCAAAGACAUCGAGGAGAAAUGACAACGGAAGACGAAAUGUUUAUUGAAAGAGGCAUGUAUGCAAUUUUAGCAUUGAAUCUGAUUGUGAAUGUAGUAACAUUGAUUUCAUCGUUGUUGUUAAUAACUGGCUCAAUUAAACGUAAUUCUAAGUAUCUGAUUCCAUGGCUUAUUUGUGAGGCGUUGUGCUUAAUAUUCAGCAGUUUCGCAGCAAUUUCAAAAUCAUUCGAGAUGGCACUAUAUAAGGAAAGUGUAAUUGAAGGAUUUGGAACGAUUUUAGUGAUUUGCUUCUUUGUUGGCAUUGAAGUCUACUUGUAUCUAUGCGUAUAUUCGUUGUAUCAAACGCUCAAAACAGAAGAAAAGAAUCAGCGACAAAUGCAAAUGAAUGAAAUUAAUCAAGCGACACAGAAAGAUCACCACGAUGGAUUACCUCCUUACAAUAAACUUUAAGUUUGAUAAAAUAGUUGAAACAGAAAUACAAUUAAGAUGUUUUUGGGACAUGACGCACAUGGCCUAAGUUUUUAUGCGUUAUUGCAUUAUUUAAAUCCAUUGUAAUUUUUUUAAAAAAUCCAGUAUGGUUAGAUCUGUAG